AUGAACGAUUGGGAAUCGAAUUACUCUUAAAGUCUAGCCAGUACCUUUGGUCCAUGGUAUCCAAGCACAACAAAGAACAAAAUGAUGAAAGCUCAACAUACUUAAACCCUAUCAUUAGAACCUUUGGGUUAAAAAUUUAAUAGAACAAUCCAAAGCAAAACAUCGGUACCAAAAAGGCGAGCUAUUUCGGUACAACGUAGAUUACCAACAUUUCCGACCAUGGAUACAACAACAAAAGUGCAAAAAUAAAGAACUCUACCAGAACCAGUUUUCCUCAAUUUGACCCAAGAGGCACUGUUUGUUAGAAGCAAUAAGAAUGUGCAGGGUAUUUUAAAGAAAUUGUAAUACUAUCGAUUCAAUGAACGUCAUUUGAUUUCAUGA